GCAUAUAUAAAAUGAGUUGCAUCCCUCAACAACUGUUCCCACAGGAGAAGACAGGAUUCAGCAUUUUGCCAAAGGAUGCCUAACCUAGAGGGUAUUUCUGCUCUACUUAGACGCCCAGCCCUCACUUUCCCAAUUGCUUGGUUACCGUCUUCUCCAGAGGCCUUUUAGAUGCUCCUGGGCCAGCCUUCCAUCUGGUUCUUUGGGGGAAGUCUAAAGAUGUCCUCUUGCCCCUGGCUAUGCAAGUAGCCAAAGGUGGCUGCGGGGUGAGGUGUUUCAAGAGAGAUGUUGCCCCUCUUGCAAGUCCUGAUCCUGCCUGCCUGAGUGUCAUUUUCUUUAAGCUGAGCUCAUCAUUUUAGGGCAGAGCAGUGAGAGAACCCAGAAUGCCCCCCCCCCCGUGUCCAGUGUCACACAAAUUUUGGUUGAAAAUUAAUGGACUAAAACGGCAUUCCUGUAUAUCUGAGGCAAAGCAUUUAAAAAAAAAAAAAACAGUUGAUUAAUUUCAGUAUGCAUGCUUAUAAAGUACCAGUAAUCACCAAGUGCUGGGCAACACUUUAAGAGAGCCAUUCCUUCAACCUUUGCUCCUGCAGAUGGUGAUGCCUCUUCUAAGAUAAUUGUGAUGUAGACAUUGUUGUUGUUUAGUCGUUUAGUCGUGUCCGACUCUUCGUGACCCCAUGGACCAUAGCACGCCAGGCACUCCUGUCUUGCACUGCCUCCCGCAGUUUGGUCAAACUCCUGUUCGUAGCUUCGAGAACACUGUCCAACCAUCUCGUCCUCUGUCGUCCCCUUCUCCUAGUGCCCUCAAUCUUUCCCAACAUCAGGGUCUUUUCCAAGGAUUCUUCUCUCCUCAUGAGGUGGCCAAAGUAUUGGAGCCUCAGCUUCACGAUCUGUCCUUCCAGGGAGCACUCAGGGCUGAUUUCCUUAAGAAUGGAUAGGUUUGAUCUUCUUGCAGUCCAUGGGACUCUCAAGAGUCUCCUCCAGCACCAUAAUGUAGACAUUAAGCAGCUUUUUUUUUUUUUUUUAAAAAAAGCAUGCUUGUUGCCUUCAGAACUCUUGUAUCCAAAAUGCAUAAUACAUGCAGACUGAAUGACCAAUCAGUUUAAAAGUCUGCUUGAAUCUGCUGCCCAAUCCCAGAGCAGCCGGAGCAACCCAGUGUGAUGGGCAGGGUACAAAUUAUAAAAUGGAUAUUACAGUAUAAACAUGCAGACUAGCAGGUAAGCUCUCUUCAACCCAGUGGGACUUCUCUCCUAGUACAGUGGAACCUCGGUUUAUGAACACCUCGGUUUACGAAUUUUCGGUUUACGAACGCUGCGGACCCAUCUGGAACGGAUUAAUUCACUUUCCAUUACUUUCAAUGGGAAAGUUCGCUUCAGUUUAUGAACAGACUUCCGGAACCAAUUACACCCAUGCUUCGGGUUAAGUAUGCUUCAGGUUGGGUACUCUGCGGACCCGUCUGGAAUGGAUUAAUCCACUUUCCAUUACUUUCAAUGGGAAAGUUCGCUUCAGUUUAUCAACGCUUCAGUUUAUGAACAGACUUCUGGAACCAAUUGUGUUCAUAAACCGAGGUACCACUGUAAACAUAUCUAAGGUUGUACCCCUUUCCUUUUUGUAAACGGCAUUAUUAUUCGAUCCAGCUCCACAGUUCUAGGCUUCCGUGAACAGCCUCUUCCAUGGAUGUCUCUGCUUAGGGCAGCAAAGGCACCUCUGGCCCUCUUGACCUCCCCUGACUGGGGAGGGCCGGCCCCUUUCAGGAUGGGAGCCAGUGCUGCCUAAGGCCUGCCCACUGGGCCUGUCUUUGCUAAUUAAGCACAGCUGGAUUGCAGCUCACUUGGGCCUGACACUCCCCUGCAGAGCUGACCUUCCUUCCUAGCCCUUCCUCUGGGGACCAUGUGGGGGGUGCAGGCCAAGCCCACCGCCUUUCAAGAGAGGAGAUCCUGGCAGAGGCUGCAAGUUUGUUGGUUUGGUCUUGUACUUGUGGUGGGGGCAGGAGAAUUUGGGGUGGGGUCCCUGCAUUUUUUCCCUUUCCACCCUCCCCAAGAGAUGUACAUUACAAAGGAGACUUUCUCCACCACCGUGGCCUCUCUCUUUGCUCCCCUCGGUGGAGAAGAUGCUGAAGCAGAUGAGAAAAGGGAGCCUUUGAAAAGCAAGAACAACAAAGGACUGAGCAGUGAAAAAGGAUGCAGGAAGAGGAAGGUCCCCGGGAGUCAUGAGAAGGAUGUUGCUUCUGAGAAGCCGGGCGCUGUCUGCCCCAGGACCUCGGCAGAGCCAACUUUGCAAAGAGUUGCUCCCGCCUCUGAGGUCCUUGGGGAGGAGCUCUCGCAAGCCAUGUCACGCCUGGGCAUGGGUCUGGAGAAGGAGUAUGCCUAUGACAUCUUCAGCAGCCUGAUGCAGAAGCAGACGCAUUACUCCUUCCGGGGGCUUGACAUGCCCAGGUCUGUGAUGGGGGAAAUGCGCAGCCUCCUCAUCGACUGGCUGGUGCAAGUGCAUGAAUACCUGGCCCUGGCGGACGAGACUCUCUUCCUGGCCGUCUACCUCUUGAACGCCUACUUGAAAGCAGGCCGAGUACGGGUCUCCACCCUGCAGCUCCUGGCUGCCACCUGCCUCUUCCUGGCCUGCAAGGUAGAGGAGAGCGUUUGCCCUCAGCCGUCCCAGCUCUGCUUCAUGAUGGAGGACUCAUUCAACAAAAAGGAGCUUCUGCGCAUGGAGCGCAAGAUCUUGGCCCGCCUGAAGUUCGAACUGCACUAUGCCAACCCCGUCCACCUGCUGCGCCUGCUGGCAGAAGUGGGCCAUUGUGCCAGGGAGGUGCUGCUCUUGGCCAUGUAUUUCCUGGAACUUUCUCUGGCGGACUGCGACUGCCUGCGCUUUGAGCCCGCCCAGCUCUCUCUGGCUGCCCUGGGCCUGGCGCAGAGGGUGCUGCCGGAAGAGGGCGCCAGGUGCUGGGAUGCUCUCCGGGAAGGUUCCCUGAACCUCCACUCGUACAGUGAGUCUGAGCUGUCAGCAGUGCACCCUCUCAUGGCCAAGGCUGCCCUGCGGGGGCCCAGCUCCACCCUCCGUGCCACUUUCCUGAAAUACUCGCGGCCUCAAAAGCUCUGCACCAGCACCAGCCCUGCCAUCACGGCCUCCGAGUACCUGAGCUGCUUCCUAGGAAGCCCCACUCCAUGAAGAGGGGUCUGCUGUGGGUCUGCCUUUAGGGCCCAUCGCAACCCUUUGCAGGCCGAGAGGACCUUUCCCAGGCCUGCUCCAUGGAAGAAGCAUGGGGUGCGGUGGACCAGAGCCUGC